AUGGCGGAUAAUACAGUGGAAGUUCAUCUGUUGAUCAGCAAAUCGCACUUGGCACCGAAGGCUACAAUCCCGAGACUCGAACUUUGCGGCUUUCGUCUGAUGUCAAGAUUGGUGGUCAAGGUAGUUUCGGCACUCAAGGUGAAAUUCGAUCGAAUGGUGCUGUACUCGGACUCGACCAUCACUCUGGGGUGGUUAUCGAAGUCGCCAAGCCAACUCAACACCUACGUAGCGAAUCGUGUGGCGCACAUUCAAGAACUAACUCCUCGACCAACCUACGAUUACAAGUACGUGCGCACAAACGCGAAUCCUGCGGAUCUUGUUUCCCGAGGUCUGUAUCCGGAGGCCCUGAUUGGAAAUCGGUUUUGGUGGCACGGUCCAGAUUUCAUUCAGCAAAGCGCUUACGAAGAAGACCCCAUGGAGGAGAUUGCCGAACUACCGGAAGUGAAGGUGGCCGCAGCAGUGGCGACUGAUGACAACGAGCUGGAGUACCACAGAGUUCUUGCGAAGUUCAGCUCUUUCCGCAAAUUACAACGGGUGAUUGCCUACGUGAUCCGUUUCACCAACAAGACCAGGAAGCGGCUCACCGAAGGAGACUGUGGUCCAUACCCAACUGUGGCGGAGCUGCGAUCUUCAUUACUGGCCAUUGUUUACAUGGCCCAACAACAACGGCUGCAAGAAGAUAUCCAGGAAGUCCAAAAGAAGCAGGGAACAACCGAGAAGUACGUCGGGAGACUUCGAAGCCUCAAUCCAUGGAUCGACAGUCGCGGCAUACUACGAGUGAACGGACGAAUCAAGCAUGCGAAUGUCUCAUACGAGCAGCGGUGCCCGGCGGUGCUUCCUGCCAAUCAUCAUGUCACGGAUAUCCUGAUCCAAGCGAUUCACCAGGAGAACUUGCACGUUGGGCCGAAUGGAACCCUCUCGGUCCUGAGACAGCAGAUUAGGAAAUGCGUACGAUGCUUUAGAGUGGCCCCUCCCGAGACGAAGCUUUUCAUGGGAGAUUUACCCCGCUGCAGAGUUACCCAGGCUCUUCCGUUUGAACGUACUGGUGUUGAUUUUGCCGGACCAAUCUUCGUACGCAAAGGCAACCCACGCAAGCCUGUGUAUUGCAAAGCAUACGUUGCGCUGUUUGUUUGUAUGGUCACUAAAUGCGUCCACAUCGAACUCGUAUCAAACCUAACGACAGACGCAUUCAUAGCUGCAUUGCAUCGAUUUGUCGCACGACGUGGCAUUCCGGUGCACAUGUACAGUGACAAUGCUACCAAUUUUGCUGGAUCAAGCUCGGAGCUCCACGAGCUUUACAGUCUUCUGCACCAACAGCUGACCAACGAUGCAAUCCAAGGAUUUUGCCUACCCAAGGAAAUAAGCUGGCAUUUCAUCCCCCCUCGUUCACCACACGUGGGUGGAUUAUGGGAAGCCGGUGUCAAGUCGGCUAAGUACCUGAUCAAGCGCACUGCAGGAGAUACGAAGCUGACUGAAGAAGAAUGGAGCACGCUUCUGACGCAGAUUGAAGGCAUUUUGAAUUCGCGGCCGUUAGUCCCUCAGACCGCGGAUCCAGACGACUACAGCGUUAUUACACCCGGUCAUCUGCUGAUCGGUCGUCCCAUAACUGCGAUUCCCGAACCAGCCUACGACCAAAUCAAGCAUGGAACCCUCUCUAGAUGA